CCAAAUUUUUGAUGCUGAAUACUUAAAACAACCUUUAUAACCAGAAGUUCUAUGUGUCGGAAUGAGAAUGCAAUUGGCUUCUUUUCUUCGUGUACUCCGCUCUUGCUUCUUAUGGUGCCCAUUUUUAUGGCGCUGCUGGUGUGCUGUUUAGCUAUGGAGAGAUUCAACGUGAAGCAAUCAACAACGUUUAAUACUGCGCGUCAACCUGAUCCCACUAUAUGUUAUACUGAGGAUCAAGAUGAAGGAAGAUGUGUGAAGCACUCGAUGUGCGAUAUGGAACCGCCUAAGAUAGAUCCCAGUGACGACUUCAUAUACAGAUCUCAAGACACACCUUAUCAGUGUGAGUUUUUAAAGAUGUGCUGCCCUCACGACAAAGUGAGAUCGCUUCCAGUCGUCCCGGUAAUGGCGCCGGCACCCGGGUGUGGUUACAGCUACCCCGGCGGCGUUUUCAGGGAGAUGACCGGCACUUACGCAGAUUUCGGGGAAUUCCCCUGGAUGGUCGCACUGCUGAAGAAAAACUAUGGGGGAGGGCUCUGGUUGGAUGAAAACUAUGUCGGCGGCGGCACUCUGAUAAACCCAUCAGUCGUGAUGACUGUCGCUCACAGAGUCGACACCUUCCAACAUCAUGAGCUGAAAUGCCGCGCCGGCGAGUGGAACACCCGGAACGAGAACGAGAUCCUAAACCACCAGGAGCGGGACGUUAGCAGAAUCCUGAUACAUCCAGAAUUCUCCAGAAAGAAAGCCCAUAAUGACAUAGCGCUGCUGAUAAUGGAGACAGCGUUCGUGAUAACACCUCACGUGAAUGUGGCAUGCCUCGGACGCAGUCUGCCACCUCCUGAGACCGUGUGCUACAGCAUGGGAUGGGGAAAGGAUUUUCCCGCCAGCAAUUUCAACGCCCACGUCCUGAAGAAGAUAACUUUACCUCUGAUAGCUCCAGGGCAUUGUCAAAAUCAGCUUCGCAACACCAGGCUUGGAAGAGGUUACGAAUUGCACGAAUCCCUAACAUGUGCGGGGGGAAUGCCAAACGUCGACACGUGUAUAGGAGACGGAGGUUCGUCGCUCGUAUGCCAUAUCGGGGAGCCCGGAAAUCUCCGCUACAAGGUGAUCGGCAUGGUGGCCUACGGGCUUGAAUGUGGAACAGACAACGUGCCAGGAGUCUACGUCAAGAUACCGCAUGUCCGCGCGUGGGUCGACAAGCAGAUUGAGGAAUUGGAGGUCGGGAAAUGAGAAAGAAUAAUGUUUUUAAUUAUGCGACGACGUAGGUGAUUUACACUCGUUAACGGCGUGUGUUAAGAAUCAUAGUUAGACAGAAACAAUAAUGUAUGAACAUUUAAUUAAAGAUUUGUCC